CCCCCCUCCGCCCCUCUCUCCUCCUCCCCUCUCUCUCCUCUUCACUGAAAACCUGUGGCUCGAAGAGACCUUGGCUUCUCUGGGACUCUGCCCCUGGGGACUGCCCACAUCUGCUCCUGACUUUGGGGGCAGGAGGGCAAACAGCCCCAAGAAAUCUCUCCGGCAAUGGGAGCCGCCCGCUUGCUGCCCAACCUCACACUGUGCCUGCAGCUGCUGAUUCUCUGCUGUCAAACUCAGGGGGAGAAUCACCCGUCUCCUAAUUUUAACCAGUACGUGAGGGACCAGGGCGCCAUGACUGACCAGCUGAGCCGGCGGCAGAUCCGUGAGUACCAGCUCUACAGCCGGACCAGCGGCAAGCACGUGCAGGUCACCGGGCGUCGCAUCUCCGCCACCGCCGAGGACGGCAACAAGUUUGCCAAGCUGAUAGUGGAGACGGACACAUUCGGAAGCCGGGUGCGCAUCAAGGGGGCUGAGAGUGAGAAAUACAUCUGUAUGAAUAAGAGGGGCAAGCUCAUCGGAAAGCCCAGCGGGAAGAGCAAAGACUGCGUGUUCACCGAGAUUGUGCUGGAGAACAAUUACACGGCCUUCCAGAAUGCCCGGCACGAGGGCUGGUUCAUGGCCUUCACACGGCAGGGCCGGCCCCGUCAGGCCUCCCGCAGCCGCCAGAACCAGCGAGAAGCUCACUUCAUCAAGCGCCUCUACCAGGGCCAGCUGCCUUUCCCCAACCACGCCGAGAGGCAGAAACAGUUCGAGUUCGUGGGCUCGGCCCCCACCCGCCGGACCAAGCGCACGCGGAGGCCACAGCCCCUGACGUAGUCGGG